AUCGCCUAUUGUUGAACCAACAUGGCAGAUUUUGACAGUCUGAUCGCAGUGAACUCAAUUUAAUUUCGCUGAUUAAGACGCUGAAAACUGACUGAUCGCGGCUCGAAUUCGCUUUAGCUAAUUCUCUUGCGAAUAAACAGCGUCCGGACUUUGAUUGGAGCCGCUGAAAACGCGAAUCUGUCGCUGGCCAAGCGCACGACGACGGUUCGAAAUUUGCGACUGACGUUCUUGGACUGCGCGAGACUGCAAUCUUCUAAAAUUCAAAUUAAUCUAACGCUUUCUCUACUGCCAAAAAUGUCGGUGCUGAAUCAGUGCGGUGAUGAGCCUGCCGAGUGUCCUCUCUGCAUGGAGCACUUGGAAGUGGAUGACCUCAACUUUUUCCCUUGCACCUGUGGAUAUCAGAUUUGCCGUUUUUGUUGGCAUCGCAUCAGGACCGAUGAGAACGGACUGUGCCCUGCCUGCCGAAAGGCCUACCCUGAGAACCCUGCUGACUUCCGGCCACUCUCCACUGCCGAGAUCCAGAAGAUCAAGGUGGAGAAGCGGCAGAAGGACCAGCAGCGCAAGCAGAAAGUGACUGAGUCUCGACAGCACCUGGCUUCCGUAAGGGUCGUCCAGCGGAACUUGGUCUUUGUGGUGGGCCUGCCGCCCAGACUUGCCGAUGGGGACAUUUUAAAGAAGCAUGAAUAUUUCGGCAAAUUCGGCAAGAUCCUAAAAGUGGUCAUCAACCCUUGCAAUUCUUAUGCUGGUGUACAGGGUCCAAGUGCAAGUGCGUACGUGACUUAUGUGAAGAGAGAAGAUUCUUUAAGGGCUAUAGCUGCAGUGAAUAACAUUUCAGUUGAUGGGAGGCUUUUGAAGGCCUCUUUAGGAACAACAAAAUACUGUUCCAACUUUUUGAAAAACCAGGCUUGUCCGAAGCCAGAAUGCAUGUACCUUCAUGAAUUAGGAGAUGCUGAAGCCAGUUUCACUAAGGAUGAUAUGCAACAAGGCAAACAUCAAGAGUAUGAAAGAAAACUACAUGAACAAUUGCAAAACCAAACAAAAGAGCCCAUAUCCAAUGAUAAUCACACGCCUUCUAUACACAAUUUGGACGUGAACAUUAGCAGCAACAACAACAAUAACAAGGACACUUGGCCAUUACUACAAGAUGAUCAGGAACGCUCUUCCUCCAGUUCUAGCUCACCUGCACCUCCCUCGGAAACACCAAAGUUGGAUGAAAUUACGGAUAAUUUUAAUGGGCAAAGGAAAAAGGAUGAUCGGAAAAUUCGAGAUAGUUACAGUCAAAGCAAAGAGUUGUCUCCAGUACAUCAACAAGCACCGUCACCGUCUUCUUCAACUUCUUCUCUUUCUGGUGGGCCGACAUCUUCGACUAUGCAACAAUCUCAAUCUCUAUCAUCCAGUUCAAGUUCUAUUUCUGAAGAUGUAUUACAAUCAAAUGCCUCAGAAACACAAGUUGCCUUGGAAGAAAUUCAAAAUCAAGCAGGAAAUUCGUACUUCUCUUCAAGCCAGUUUGAUUUCAAUAGCCAGCAUAAAAAAGGCAUUCAGAAAGAGGCGCAGGGAGGAAUGAUGCAAGAAAAUCUGAUGCCCUUGUUAAACUCCUUUGACUGGCAGUCCGCAUUUGGAUUCGGCAAGAAGCCUGAAGAAAACACCAACAAUAAAGUUCAAGCAACAUCUAAAGAUAUAGAGGAUGAUCUUGGAUUUGAUCCUUUUGCUGAAACGCAAAAAGCUCUCGAAGAGUUGAUCAAAACAGAAAAGCAACAGCAGGUUUUACAGCAGCAGAGGUCUGCACCCCCACAGAUGAACCCGCACUACAGACCCCAUCCGACAAUAGACAUGCACAGGACCACGGCACCACCUCCUGGAUUCGCAAACCAACCAAUGCGACACAAUUUUCAGACACACUUUAACGAAGGCCGGGCGAUGAACAGCUCUCACUUCCAAGCACAGGAAAGCAAAAUUCUUCCCAUCAUGAAUUUGGCGCAGCAUCCGAGUGUGAGCAAAGAUGACAAUUCUUUUAAUAUGGCCCACUGGAGACACAUUUUACCAAACAUUGGCUCUGCAUCUCCUAAUUAUUCAAAUGGAUUGGCACAUAGGCAAAUGCAAGCACAACAGCAAAGAGACUGGCAGAACGAUUGGACGGCUAUGGACCCUGCUAUUGUUGCUGCGAGCGCCAGUAACAGAAUAAUGGUUGACAACAGCUGGAACAAACAGGUGGACCAGAAUAGUUAUUAUCAGCAUUCUAACAAUUCUUUAGGCUGGUCUGGAGUGGUGCCAAAUUUAGCAGCGACCACAGCUCCUCCUCCUGGAUUUUCUCAUCCAUUCAGAAUGGCCACAAGAAGCAACCAGCCGCCUGCAAUGGACUCUGAGCUCAAAUCCUUGUUACACCAGCUGCAUUGAUCGGAUCACUUAAGAAAUUAUUUCUUAAAAUAUUAAAUCAACGAAAUUUAGCAGACUCGAUUUGAGUUUGCCGCUGGUGGUCAAAGUAUCUCUUUUUUUUCUAUUGGCAGCGUCUGUUGCACAAGCACACAUAAAAUCAGUGCUGCUGUUAAUUUUUUUAAAUUUAUAUUAAACAAAAUGUGAUUUGCUUUUAAUGAGCCAGCUUAGUUCUUUGUGAACUUGAAGCUCAUAAUUAAAUUCGAGAUGAGAGAAGUGCAGUUGGACAGAAUCAAGUGCAAUCUCUAGCAGAUUAACAAGUCAUUAGGCAAAAGUUGUGGCUAAUAAAUUUGCAAGUUAAUGCAUUUUGCUCUCUUUAAAACUGAAUCUGCUGAUCUCUCGACAAGUGAUACCAAAAAAAAAACUGUUUAUUUAACCAGAGGGUUUUUUAUUUCUAAUUUGAAGAGAUACUUUUACACCUAAUAUGUCAAAUGAUGUCCCUAAUUGGUCAAAUUUUUAACUCUUUGUCAAAUAAGUGGUAACUUUUCCACUUUUUUCCUUUUUUUCUGAGUUCCGAAUCACACCAGUUAAUCAUCACAAAUAUUGUUAAAAAUUUUAGAUGGAUUCCUGUUAGUCGAGUUGUACCUCCAUUGUUCAUCGAUUACAUGCGCAAGAGCCAGAAGAGAAAUCUGCUCUCAUUUAUUCUUCGAAAGAGUCACUUCGUUUUGGGUUUACUUUUCUCUUUUGUUCUUUUGUUUAAAAUAAUCACAGAUCGCCCUUUUCAAAAUUCUUUAGUUGUAAAAAUCGAAAUUGCUCAAGUGCAUAAAAUCAAUUGGCUCCUUUUUGAAAUCAAGGGUAAUCAAAUAAUUUUGUUUCGCU